GAGCGUUUCUCCCCCCCCCUCCAGCGUCGCCCUGGUGUCUCCAUGGCGACCGCGCCACGUCCGCGCUCCCGCCCGCGCCGCCGUCGCCAUGGAAACGAGCUGGCGGGGCGGGGCUGGGAGCGCUGAAGGCAGCUGCCCCCAGCCCGGCGCCGCCAUGAGGCUGAAGCUGAGGAACGUCUUCGUCGCCUAUUUCCUGGCGUCCCUGGGGGGGCUGCUGUACGCGCUGCUGCAGCUCGGGCAGCCCUGCGACUGCCGGGUGCGGCGUGAGGGGGCCCCCGGCGGCGAGGGCCACGAGCGGGGGGCACCUGGGCUCGGGGGGCCCCGGAUGCCCCCCCCGGGGCCGCCCUCCCCCGAGCUGCCCACCAUCUACGUGGUGACCCCCACCUACGCCAGGCUGGUGCAGAAGGCGGAGCUGGUGCGGCUGUCGCAGACGCUGCUGCACGUGCCGCGGCUGCACUGGGUGGUGGUGGAGGACGCGGCGGCGCCGUCGGCGCUGGUGGCCGGGCUGCUGGCGCAGAGCGGGCUGCGCUUCACCCACCUGCACGCGCCCACGGCGCCCGAGCGCCGGCGCCGCCCCGGCGACCCGGCCUGGCUGCGGCCCCGCGGCGCCGAGCAGCGCAACCGGGCGCUGCAGUGGCUGCGCGACACCCGCCCGCCCGCCGAGCCCGCCGUCGUCUACUUCGCCGACGACGACAACACCUACAGCCUGCGGCUCUUCGAGGAGAUGCGCAGCACCCGGCGCGUGGCGGUGUGGCCCGUGGGGCUGGUGGGCGGCCUGCGCUUCGAGCGGCCGCUGGUGGAGCGCGGCCGCGUCGUGGGCUUCCACACGGCCUGGAAGCCGGAGCGGCCCUUCCCGCUGGACAUGGCCGGCUUCGCCGUGGCGCUGCGGCUGCUGCUGGCGAGGCCCGGCGCCCACUUCGACCCGCGGGCCGAGCGCGGCUACCUGGAGAGCAGCCUGCUGCAGGCUCUCGUCUCCGUCGACGAGCUGGAGCCCAAGGCCGACAACUGCACCCGGGUGCUGGUGUGGCACACGCGGACGGAGAAGCCCAAGAUGCGGCAGGAGGAGCAGCUGCAGCGCGAGGGGCUCGGCUCCGACCCCCGCGUGGAGGUGUGAGCGCCGGAGACGACGCCGGGACGCGAGGACGCGCUGGAUGCGGAGACGGGGAUGCGCCGGGCGCGGGGACACGCUGCACGCGAGCGCCUGGGGACGCGCUGGAUGCCAAGACGCGCUGCGUGCGGGAACGCACCAGGCGCAGGGACGCGCCGGGCACAAGGAUGUGCCGGACGCGGGGAUGCGCCGGACGUGGGGAUGCACCAGAGGCGGGUGCGUUUUGGAGCCAGGGACACGCCGGAGACGGGGACGCUCCACAGGCAGGGACACACCGGACGCGGGGACACGCCGGACACGGGGAAGCGCCGCGGUGCCGCUCCAGUUCAUUCCUCGGGCCGCGGCCGAAGCCCCUUUUCCCCGGCGGCAGCUCCUCCGCAAUAAACCGCCGGCUCGGCUCCGUG